GUAUGUGUGUGUGUGUGCGCCAGUGGCAGCGUACACACACUACUGUACAUUGAUGGAGCCGCUAAUCUCUGUCAGUCCGGCAGAGCCCUGUGAGAAAACCACGCUGCUGCUGCUGCUGCUGCUGCUGCGGGGCUGAACUGACGCUGCGAAAUUACUCCGCCGGACGAUGACGGCUCGUACAGAACCUGCAUGUGCUGUUACUACUGUAGAGCAGCCCGGAGGACGCUGAAACCCGAACUGAAGGAAUGUGCCGUUUCAUUGACACGGUCCAGUAAAGUAACAUUAGGAGGUCAGCUCGGAUGGUGCCAAGUUUACGCACUGAAUUUGCAAUUCCUCGCCGAAAUGCCGGUUUUUUACUUGAAUGAAUGAAUGACGCCUCCGCCGCUGAACAGACUCCACAGGCAGCUGAAUUUAAGGAAUUGGAAGAUUUAGUGAUUCUAAAAAAAACAGUGAUCCAUCUCUGAAAUUGCUGUCUUUUGUCCACAAGAGAGGGGUUUGUUUUUGGGACACAUUUUUCCGUGACUGUGGAUGUGAGUCUUACGCAUCAGAAGACAGCAGCCUGUGCGCGCACUGGAGGGAUCAGGAUCAGCGGGAUCCAGUUGAAAUGAAGAGAAAAAUGUGAAGACCCCUGUGAAGAUUUGACCUGCAAGUUAGCCUUCGACAAGAUACAAAGGAGAAGGUGUCCUCCCAUCUUCCCUUCAUCUUUCCUCUCUGCUUGCGCUGCAGUUUUUUCUCGCAGGCCCGUUAAACAUGGAGGGCCGGCGGGCUACACGCAGGACUUUAUCACCUGACCCUAAAGUAGGAGCUACGGCUACUCUGCUAGCUCUCUGGUACCUAGCUGUCCCUGCUUUGUGCAGUGGGCAAACAUUCACUAGCUUCCACCCUGAGCGUCGGGACUGGCUCUUCAACCACCUGACGGUUCACCAAACCACAGGGGCAUUAUAUAUCGGAGCUGUAAACCGUGUGUACAAGCUCUCGGGCAAUUUGACCCUCCUAGUUUCCCAUGACACUGGACCAGAGGACGACAACAAGGCCUGCUACCCCCCUCUGAUUGUCCAGCCCUGCACUGAGCCUCUUGUCUCAACCAACAACGUCAACAAGCUUCUGCUCAUCGAUUAUUCCCAGAAUCGGUUGUUGGCUUGUGGCAGUCUCUACCAGGGUGUGUGCAAACUCCUCAGAUUGGAUGAUCUUUUUAUCUUAGUGGAGCCCUCACAUAAGAAGGAGCACUACCUCUCCAGUGUGAACCAGACGGGGACCAUGUAUGGGGUCAUUGUGCCUUCACAAGGCCAGGACGGCACCUUGUUUAUCGGCACAGCCGUGGACGGGAAACAGGACUACUUUCCAACCAUCUCCAGUCGAAAGCUUCCCAGAGACCCAGAAUCCUCUGCUAUGCUGGACUAUGAAUUACACACCGACUUUGUGUCCUCCCUCAUUAAGAUACCAUCAGACACUCUGGCACUGGUCUCCCACUUUGACAUCUACUAUGUUUAUGGCUUUGCUAGUGGCAGCUUUGUUUACUUCCUGACGGUGCAGCCUGAGACACCAGAGAACAGCAUGUCAUCAAGUGGAUCCACCAGUGACCUCUUUUACACUUCCCGCAUUGUCCGCCUCUGCAAAGACGAUCGCAAGUUUCACUCCUACGUCUCUCUCCCUGUCGGCUGUGUGAAGAACGGAGUCGAGUACCGUCUCCUGCAGGCCGCCUACCUCGGCAAACCCGGGCGCUUUCUCGCUGCCUCGCUCAACAUCAGCGCCCAGGAUGAUGUGCUGUUCACCAUCUUCUCCAAGGGCCAGAAGCAGUUCCACCGCCCACCGGAUGACUCAGCGCUGUGUGUCUUCACCAUCCGAGACAUUAAUGCAAGAAUCAAGGAGCGCCUGCAGUCCUGCUACCAGGGAGAGGGGAACCUGGAGCUCAACUGGCUGCUUGGGAAGGAUGUGGCGUGCACCAAAGCGCCGGUGCCAAUUGACGACUCUUUCUGCGGUUUGGACAUCAACCAGCCACUCGGCGGGUCUCAGCUGGUGACCGGUCACACUCUCUACACCGAGACUCGGGACCGCAUGACUUCAGUCACCUCCUACGUCUACAAUGGUUACUGUGUUGCCUUUGUAGGCACAAAGAGUGGACGUCUGAAGAAGAUUCGUGUUGACGGGCCUCCUCACGGCGGCGUCCAGUACGAGACGAUGGCGGUCAUCAAGGACGGCAGCCCUGUGCUGCGAGAUAUGGCCUUCUCCCUCGACCGCAACUACCUCUACGUCAUGUCAGAGAGACAGGUCACCCAAGUUCCCAUCGAGUCAUGUGAGCAGUACGGGACGUGUGGAGAGUGUCUGAGCUCAGGAGACCCACACUGCGGCUGGUGUGUCCUGCACAACAUCUGUUCUCAGAGGAACCGGUGUGAGCGUGCAGAUGAGCCCUACCGCUUCGCCGCCUCUCUCAACCAGUGUGUGAAGGCCACUGUUUACCCAGACAGCAUUGCAGUGUCAGAACCCAGUGUACCUCUGCUGGUGAGGGUGAGCCACGUCCCGGACCUUUCUGCAGGCAUCACCUGCUCCUUCGGGAACCUGACGGAGGUGGAGGGGCAAGUCAACGGCAACCAGAUCCUGUGUGUGUCUCCUGCUGCUAAAGAUGUUCCCGUCAUACCUACAGAUCAAGAUUGGUCGGGCGUUGAGCUGAGACUCAACUCAAAGGAGACGGGUCAGAUGCUGAUCAGCACAGAGGUCAAGUUCUACAACUGCAGCGUCCACCAACUGUGUCUGUCAUGUGUGAACAGUGCCUUCCGCUGCCACUGGUGCAAGUACCGCAACUUGUGUACCCAUGACCCCUCCAGCUGUUCCUUCCAGGAGGGACGAGUCAACGCCUCAGAGGACUGCCCUCAACUGGUGCGCUCUGAGGAGAUCCUGAUCCCGGCGGGGGAGGUGAAGCCCAUCACGCUGAAGGCCAGGAACCUACCCCAGCCGCAGUCAGGCCAGCGAGGCUACGAGUGCGUUCUCCACAUCCAGGGUGUCAGCCACAGAGUCACCGCCCUGCGCUUCAACAGCUCCAGCGUGCAGUGCCAGAACAGCUCGUAUCUGUACGAGGGGAUGAAAAUCAGCGAGCUUCCUGUGGACUUCUCGGUGGUGUGGAACGGCAACUUUAUUAUUGAUAACCCGGAGAAUAUCAAAGUGCACCUGUACAAGUGCGCAGCCCAGCGGGACAGCUGCGGCAUGUGUCUGAAGGCGGAGAGGAAGUUCCAGUGCGGCUGGUGCAGCGGAGAGGGAAAGUGCACCCUGCGGCACCACUGCCCCCCCAUCAACCCGUACACCACCCGCUGGCUCAACCUGUCCAGCAAGAACGUGAAGUGCACCAACCCACGCAUCACUGAGGUAACACCAGUGGCUGGACCUCCAGAGGGAGGAACCCGGGUCACCAUCUAUGGCACUAACCUGGGUCUGGCCUUCUCUGACAUGGUGGGAAAUGUGGAAGUGGCAGGAGUGAGAUGCACGCCUGUGGAGGACGGCUACAUCAUCGCUGAACAGAUUGUGUGCGAGAUGGAUCCAUCUUCCGUCGAAAGCAGACCCGGUCCAGUCCAGCUGUGUGUCGGAGAGUGCAGACCAGAACUCAGAGCUCGCUCCGCACAGCUCUACUCAUUUGUGACCCCAACAGUCACAGGUCUGUCCCCCAGCAGAGGUCCAGAGUCCGGGGGCACCAAAGUCACCAUCAUUGGAGACAACCUCGGCGCCGGCAGCAGCGUGAACGUUCAGUUUGGAAACCAGACAUGCGAGUUCUUCGGGCGGACCAUGACGGAGAUCUUGUGCUACUCCGCUCCCUCUCUCUCUGGUGUCGGCCCAGUGCAGAUCAGCGUGAGCGUGGACCGCGCCCAAAUCAAGGAAAGCCUCACCUUCGAGUACAUAGAAGACCCCACCGUCCAGCGCAUCGACCCUGACUGGAGCAUUGCAAGUGGCCACACCCCCCUGAUGGUGACAGGAACCAACCUGGAUGUGGUCCAGGAGCCGAGGAUCCGAGUCAAAUACGCUGGCAGAGAGUCCGUAAAUGUGUGUAAAGUGUUGAACACCACCAGCAUGAGCUGCUUCGCCCCCUCCCUCAUGACAGACUAUCUCCCGGGUCCGGACACGGUGAAGCAUGCAGAUGAGUUUGGAUUCAUCUUCAACAACGUGCAGGCGCUGCUGGUCUACAACAACACCAACCUCCUCUACUACCCCAACCCUUACUUUGAACCUCUCAGCACCAGCGGCGUCCUCGAGCAGAAACCAGGCUCGCCUAUCAUCCUCAAGGGCAGAAACCUGGUUCCCCCGGCGUCAGGAGGGGUGAAGCUUAACUACACCGUGCUGAUCGGAGAGACCCCCUGCUCUGUCACUGUGUCCGAGAGCCAGCUGCUGUGUGAGCCCCCCAACCUCACCGGACAAUACAAAGUCAUGGUCCAGGUAGGGGGCCUUCACGUCUCUCCCGGCGCCGUCCACAUCAUGUCCGACAGCCUCCUCACCCUGCCUGCCAUCGUCAGCAUCGCUGCCGGCGGAGGCCUCCUCCUCAUCAUCGUCAUCCUCGUCCUCAUCGCCUACAAGCGAAAGUCCCGUGAGAAUGACCUCACCCUGAAGCGCCUGCAGAUGCAAAUGGACAACCUGGAGUCACGUGUCGCCCUGGAGUGUAAAGAAGCUUUUGCUGAGCUACAGACAGACAUCAAUGAGCUCACCAGUGACCUGGACAGAGCAGGGAUCCCCCAUCUGGACUACAGGACAUACGCCAUGAGGGUCCUCUUCCCUGGAAUAGAAGAUCAUCCUGUCCUCAGAGAACUGGAGGUGUCGGGGAACGGCCAGCAGAAUGUGGAGAAGGCCUUGAAGCUGUUUGGCCAGCUCAUCAACAACAAAGUGUUCCUGCUCACCUUCAUCCGAACACUGGAAAUGCAGCGCUCCUUUUCCAUGAGGGACCGCGGCAACGUGGCCUCACUUAUCAUGACGGCGCUGCAAGGGCGCCUGGAGUACGCCACCGACGUCCUCAAACACCUGCUGUCUGACCUCAUCGACCGCAACCUGGAGAGCAAGAACCAUCCCAAACUGCUACUGCGCAGGACUGAGUCUGUGGCAGAGAAGAUGCUCACAAACUGGUUCGCCUUCCUGCUUCACAAAUUCCUGAAGGAGUGUGCCGGGGAGCCUCUGUUCAUGCUGUACUGCGCCAUCAAGCAGCAGAUGGAAAAGGGGCCCAUAGACGCCAUCACUGGAGAGGCCCGCUAUUCCCUGAGUGAAGACAAGCUCAUCCGCCAGCAGAUCGAGUACAAAACCCUGAUCCUGAACUGCGUGAACCCGGACAACGAGAACAGUCCGGAGAUUCCGGUGAAGGUGCUGAACUGCGACACCAUCACCCAAGUGAAGGAGAAGAUCCUGGACGCCAUUUACAAGAACAUGCCGUACUCUCAGAGGCCGCGUGCUGUUGACAUGGACCUCGAGUGGCGCCAAGGACGGAUGGCUCGUGUGGUGUUACAGGAUGAAGACAUCACCACCAAGAUAGAAAACGACUGGAAGAGACUCAACACUCUCAUGCACUACCAGGUGUCGGACCGCUGCGUCGUGGCUCUGGUGCCCAAACAGACCUCAUCGUACAACAUUCCCUCCUCAGCCAGCAUAUCCCGCUCCUCCUUCAGCAGAUACGAUACUUCAUUCCGAUACACGGGCAGUCCCGACAGCCUGCGUUCACGCGCCCCCAUGAUCACCCCAGAUCUGGAAAGUGGCGUGAAGGUGUGGCACCUGGUGAAGAACCACGAACACGGGGACCAGAAGGAAGGAGAUCGAGGGAGCAAGAUGGUGUCUGAGAUUUAUCUGACCAGGCUGCUAGCUACCAAGGGUACACUACAGAAGUUUGUGGACGAUCUGUUUGAGACGUUGUUCAGUACGGUUCACAGAGGGAGCACUCUUCCCCUCGCCAUCAAAUACAUGUUUGACUUCCUGGACGAGCAGGCGGACAAACACGGCAUUCACGACACAGACGUGCGUCACACGUGGAAAAGCAACUGCCUUCCGCUGCGUUUCUGGGUGAAUGUGAUCAAGAACCCGCAGUUUGUGUUUGACAUCCAUAAGAGCAGCAUCACGGACGCCUGUCUGUCUGUCGUCGCUCAGACUUUUAUGGAUUCUUGCUCCACUUCAGAGCACCGCCUGGGCAAAGACUCCCCAUCCAAUAAGCUGCUCUAUGCGAAAGAUAUCCCCAAUUACAAGAGCUGGGUGGAGAGGUACUACGCUGACAUCAACCGGCUGCCAGCCAUUAGCGACCAGGACAUGAAUGCUUAUUUAGCAGAGCAGGCCAGACUGCACUCCACAGAGUUCAACAUGCUCAGCGCUCUCAAUGAGAUCUACUCUUAUGUCAGCAAGUACAGUGAGGAGAUCACAGCGGCGCUGGAGCAGGACGAACAGGCGAGGAAGCAGAGGUUAGCCUACAAGGUGGAUCAGCUCAUCUCUGCCAUGUCCUUCGAGAGCUGAGAGUGAGAGAAAGGGACCACAAUCUCUACAGGACCUCCCAAAAAAAAGGUCCGGCAUUAAUUACCUCUCAUCGUGGGAGCCAGCUUGAACCAUGAGCCAGAUUUGGGACCUCUCUGUAUCCACAGCCAGACAGACUUCAAUUGCUAUAGUUUAUAUUUCUCCCACCCCCUCAUGAUGGCACCAGCUCAGAGCCCAUGGACUAAUAAUACACCGGGCCCUGCAGCUGGAGCUGAUAAUGGCAUGAGGGAGGAACAUCAGCAGAGAAGGCAUCAACAUGGCUUGUAUUUAUUUAUUUUUUGUUUCUUUUCCUCAAAGGAUAUUUUCUCUCAGUUUGACAGGAAAUUGUAUGUUGUGUGUGGGUGUGUGUGUGUGUGUGUGUGUGUCUGUGUGUGUGUGUGCAUGAGUGAGUGUGCGCUUGUGUUGUGCAGCAGAGGACUCCUGAGCAAAUUGAGAAACAGAUUUUAUUCUCUACUCACUUCUGAGUGUGAAACGGACACAAGUCAAGAAACAGAAGAAAAGAUUCCAAGCUGGACAGCUGAGUUGGCAUUCAGAUUUUUAUUUUUGUACUUGUACAUUUGAAUAUUAUCAGUUGCAGUUGAAAUAUACCACACGGGACCCCCAUACUUGUUGUAUAAAGACAUAAAGAGUGUAAAAUUACAUCAGGAGUGAUGUGGUGGUAUCACUGGCCAUGGUCCACGUCUUCUCUCACUCCAUCCCUCCUCAGACUGAUGCUUCACACGACGCGGACGAAACCUCUGCUCCUUUAUUCAAUAUAAAGUGUACAGGAAACAUGAAACUAUGUGCUCAUCAUCUGAGAGCGAACAGACCUCCAGUCAUGGUGGUCAGAGAUCAGCCAGCAUGCUUGCACCUAAACAGAGGAUGACAGAGAUGAAGUGUGGUGUCUAAGGCUUUUUCCAGCAGUUAGGUCAUCUAUGUAUGUACCGUUGCCAAUCAGUGUAUGUGAAUGUACAAAUGUUUUUUUUAUUUCUUUGUUUGUCUAUUUGAGUUUUGCAAACAGAAAGGAGCUCAGUUGAACUGAGCUUCACAGAUGUUCGCAGUAGCUCGUCGAGUGAACAACUCCAUUUGUCCGUCCUGGCCCCAGACCGUCCAACUGCUUCCUGACAUUAUUUACCCUCAGUGUGGCGGCUAGCGCUGCUGCUCAGCACAGAAUAUGAUGCUAGCAGUUAGCAGAGACCAGACAAGAGUGACUGAGCACAUUCACACAGCAGCCAUUUUCCUCUGACCUCACGCUCAGGGUGGGAAGCUAAAUUGCAAAUUAUUUAAGGAAAUGAUCAUAAACGUAUUAACUUCCUGGUUGAUUAGCAAUUGAAAAACAAUGCACACAAAAAAAGACAGAACUUUUCUCUUUAAAUGUUUUUCAAAUAUAUUUGGUAACCUAUUUGCUACCACCAGACAGCAGCCAACAAUACUUUCUAGCUGCCUUUGUAGCUUCCAUCAGCUACAAAGUGGCUAAAAGCUAACAUUCAAUCCUCCAACAGUACACAAUGUGAGUAUUCAUUGACAAUUUUGAAAACUCACUUUUGACUGCCAGACAACAGCUAGCAUUAUCAUUUAGCUAGUUUCUAGCUAACAUGCCCAUUAGCAGCCACAAUCUAGCUAACAUAACUUGGCUGCUAAGUGGCUCAAUGCUGAAAUUUAAUUAUCUGGCAUUACAUGAUAUGAGUAUUAAUUUGCUCUCCAGUUAACUUACCAUUGGCUACAAAGUUGCUGGACAAAAUUUUGGAAACUCAUUUUCGAUUGCCAGAAAACAACUAGCUUAAUCAUGUAGCUAGUGUCUAGCUAAUAUACCCUUUAGCUAAUCAGUAUUUAUGUCCAUUAGUUACCAAAGGUGCAUUUCGACCAAGAGUUCCGGGGUCUUUUAGCCCCCCAGAACUACUUUACCCUGAACUAAAAGGACUACUGUUACAAGCUGCUAAAUCAAGGGAAUCACAGAGUCUUCUUUUUUUAAAAGUACACACACACACGUACAAAAAAGAUUGGACAAAUUGAGAAAGAGAAAUCAAGUGAAUCCACCGAUGUGUGUGAUGUUAUUGUGGACGCAAGGUGGAAUAAAAACACUGCCGGUAAGCUACCAAUCAGACACGUUCAGCAUUGCAGGUCCUGCCCCCCAAAAGCCCCAGGACCUUUGAAAAGUACUACCCCCCAGGCAGGGGCUUUUAAGGGAGGGAAUUAUCUACCCCUGAACUAAAUUUAGACCCUGGGUCCACCGGUCGAAACGCACAGCAUUGAAAAGCACCUCAAGUGUCUGAAUGCUAACCUGCUAUGAUCCAAUUCAGUUCCAUUCUAGCUAACAUAUGUCUGCUAUGUGGCUCAAUGCUAACAUUCAUCUACUUCCAUGCCAGUAUAAAUGUAGUUAGGAGGUGCCUGAAUGCUUCUUAUAGGAUAGUGACGGCUUAAAAUUCUAGCUUGUAACAUUUUAGCUGACAGCGGCUAGAUGCUAACAUUUGCUGUGUUGCUUCCCAUUCUAAAUAUGACGUCAGAAGGAAAUUGCUGCCAAGUAAACACGAUAAAGAACUUUCAGUAGGCUUUAACACUUCACACUAUAACCACUGUGUUGCUCUUUGGGAACAACUGUAUGCUUACCUUACAUGCAUGCUAUCACAUGUUAAAAGUGCUCUAAGAGUCCAUCUUUGGUUUGUAUCAAGUGCCAAUGAGUCAUGCCGGUUCUAGUUGGCCAUUUGGCCACCCAGGUUCUCACACAGUAAACAAGAAGUCUCGCUGCGUGGGUCUAGUUUGACCAAGUGCCAAAAGAUACUGUGGUUUCAAAUCGUUCACUCAAUGUGUCAAAAAACGGUUUAUGCUUUACAGAAGGUGCAGAGCUCUCAUUUUUGGGGCGCAGAGAUGGUUGAAGCUGAGGCUUACAUAACUGGAAUGGAGAGUUUUAAAACUCUAGAAAGGUACGAAACAUUAGCAGGAGAGUAGAGAUCAUUAAUACAUUAAUAAGUCUGUUUAUUGUUGUGUUCGUCUCCUGAGUCAAACCAAAACGUCACGAGCUAAAAGGCUGAUGUAACCUGCCAACCUUCUAGCUAGAUGACCACAAACUGUAGAUUGCGUGCGUCCUCUGGAUAGGUGGUUUCAUUUUCUUCCGAGAUACGUUUGCUUGUUGUUUACAUCAAGUACUUGAAAAUAGGUAGUAUUAAAGGUUUGCACAGUAUACAGCAAUUGUGUUUCUUUGAGAGCAUGACAAACACCAGUAGGAAGUGAAAGGUGCUUCUUUUUUCUCUGUGGCCUUAGAUACCCACCUGCUUAGUGUUCCUGAUCUUAUUAGUCCUCGACUCGGGCACAGUCCUUCCCAUGCUCCGGACCCCAGCGUUUUUUCACUGAUACCUGGCUACAGCGCUCUGCUGAAAACUGUCUUAGAGAGAUAAAGCAAAAGGAAAGGUGAGGAGGGUAUGGCCGAGCUCAGGCAGACAUCUCCUCUUAUAGCGCUCGACUCGCCUGAGCUGUUUGAAGAGAAGUGUCGAGAAAUGAGGAGAGAGGGAGAGGUAGAGAGAGAGAGAGAGAGAGAGAGAGAGAACCCCUUUAGCUCUAGUUUCCUGCUCAGGCUUUGAAGCUGCUCUUUGAUCUGAGUCAGUUGUGUUCACAGUGUGAUCAGGAGAUGGAAAGAAAAAAACAUCAAACUAACAGGCAAGGAGACGAGUAGGAUGAGGUGAUGAUAGACACGCUGUUGCUGUGUCCAACCAGUGGUGGCAGAAGUGGGAAAGAAGAGUUGAUUUUAUUCCCUUCUCUGAAAAAGCCCCGUCUUUCUCUCCAGCCCCAUAAUAAACAUAUUUAGGUACACAUAAACAGAACAUACACAGAACUUAAAGCUUCCUCCUUGUGAUUAAGGUGUCUUCCCAAUUUCAGCGAAUAGAAAUGUAUCCUCCUCAUACCUCACAUUGCUUGUACGGAGUAAUGCUUUUUAUCAUUUUAACAGGACCUAAAUGCCUUUUUCCUCUUUGCAAGGGAUGAAACGUGUGUUUAUUAGAGUCUUUCCAACUCCUGGAUGAGCUCCCCUGUAUUCAGAAAUGUGACAACAUAAUCAAAGGCACACAAAUUGGUUGGAGAAUGGCUUUGAUUUUUUCUCUCAGAGAUCAUUUCUAACAGGAUGUUUCCUUUUGUCUUGUGUGAGAUUUUUUGCAUGCAUUUUAAUUCACGCUUUCGUUCUGCCUGGUAUUCCGUAUUGAUCCACUCCAUCAGUAGUCUGGCUGCAAUUCUUUCCCAAAAGCCCAUUUGUACACGUCUUAAAUCACAGCUGAAUGCACCUUUAUUUCUGAAAGAGAUUUUUUUUGUUCCUAGAUAGAGGUUGUUUCCAUGCCGUACACUCACUUCUGGGAACAUUUAAAUUCUGUCUGAGCUGAGAAUGAGAAAAGUUUGUUUACUCUUUCUGUGGUGCAGAAUCCCAUUUGACUGCCAGGUCUGUGAAAUAUGGAUUGAUGCUCAUAAUAACAACCUCAUUUCAGCUGGAGCUGACUGCUAAUUGAAGAUGCUUUGUGCACUUUUUUUUGCUGUCAGUGUAAGAGAGAUGGUGCCGUGGUUCUGAGUAGCGCGUGUCAUUCCUUUCUAUAAAAGCAUUUAAUCAGAUUUUUGUUUGCUUUAUGGCAUCAAACAGGGGAACUGAAUCAAUAUAUUACUCUCAAGUCAAAAUAUCACCAAGUAUAAAAUGAGUAUCCUUCCAUUUUAACCACAUUGUAAACAAACCCUUUGUAGACACUGGAGUUCUGUAAAAUAGUACUUACUGGCAAUGAUGAUGAUGACGACGAUGAUGAUAAUAAUAAUGGCUGUCUGUUCUUCUUGUUUUAUAAAAGUGUUGUGAAAAUUGUAAGAAACUUAAAGUAUUUAAAAAAG